AUGGACAAUAAGCAGCUUGACGCAUAUUAUCAGGAUCUCUCCUUUGAUCCUGCGGACAACAACCUCGAUAUAUUUAACAUAAGAUUACAGCACAAGCAGCUCACGUUUUCUCAAACAGAUCGUUCUGACUUCCUUGGACAACCUGGAACUGUCAACUCCUGGUAUCAGCCUGAAUUAAACUCGAUAACGUUCCCAGCUGAUAUUUUUCAACCGUCAUACUUCCGUCCGUUAUGGCCAGCAUCCAUCAACUACGGUGGCAUGGGUAUUGUUGCAGGCCAUGAACUGACUCACGGUCUUGACGAUGAAGGCGUACAAUGGGGUCCUUCCGGGGCUUUAUCGACUUCAUCGUGCACCAACUGCACCGGAUGA